AUGAUUGGCGAGCGACAACAUAAUUUACAAGACACAAAUUUCCUUACAAGCAAGGCUUUUUCUCCUUCUUCUUCUCUUUCCUCUUCUAUACAAUUACCUUCAACAUCUAUUUCAAAAAUAAUUACAGAAUCAUCAUCAUCAUCAUCAUCAGAACAAGAUUGUGAACAAACUGAAUCUAUAAGAAAAUCGCCAUCUGAUUCUAAAAUGUCUACACCACAUUAUCAAUCAUCUAUUGAUUUAAUGGCAUCAUCAUUAAAAUGUGAUGAUUGUCAAACAAAUGAUGGUCUUUUUCAAUGUUGUCAUUGUAAUCAACGUUUAUGUAUACGAUGUUGUAACAAACAUUAUAAAAAUGUAACAAUUGAACUUGAACGUUUACAUGAAUUAAGUGAUCGCCUUGUAGCAAAAAUCGUUCAUACAAAAAAUGAUCUUGAACGACAAAAAAAUGAAACACUUGAACAAUGUCAUAAAUGGCGUAUUGAUACUAUCAAUACAAUCAAUAAAGCACAUGCACUUAUUGUACAAACAAUUCAUGAUGAAUAUGAAACACUUGGAAAAGAAUAUGAAUUAUUUGUUCAAAAAGAAAUGCAAUAUAUACAUAUGGAUCAAAAUGAAUUAAUUCGUAUGAAAAAAGGAAAUCUUGGUACAGUUUUAUCAUCAUCAUCAUCUAAUUCAAAAAUAGAUUCAACCAAUUCAAUUGAUACAAUACGAAAACGUAUUGAAACAUUUGCAAAAAAUAUUGAUGAAACAGGAAAAUUUUUAUUUCAAGUUAAAUUACCUAAAUUUGAUAUUGAUGAUAGUCUUCGAGUUGAAUCACGUUUUGGUGAUGCAACGCGUAGUACAAGUGCAACAUGGCAAAAUGGAGGUGAUAUACUAUCUCCAUCAUCUAUUGAUCGACCUAUUCAAGAAGAUGAAUCGUUCAUCGAUGUUCAAUCAACUGAAACAGAUGCAUCAUUAGAUAAUAAUAACAAUGAUAAAAUAAUCCAUACGAAUGAUGACAUUGAAAAAGUAUCAGAUAAGAUAGAUGAACAGCAAUCUGAUAUUGAAUCUCGAACAACAAAUUCAUCUUCUUUAUAUUCUUCUUCAAAAAUUGAAACAAAUAAUAGUAAGUCAACAUUAUCUCCAUCAUCACGUUAUGCUCUAUCGGUUGAAAAUGAUAUUGAACUUCAACAACAACGAUUUUAUUCACCAAGUUUUCGUGAUAAUCGUUAUGAUAGUGCAUAUGGAACAGCUCCAUCUUCACCAAAUAGUUCACAACAAAAUCAUCCUAAUCAUUAUUUUUCAACAUCAUCACUUAAUGAACAACCAUCUAAAAAAUAUUCUCAUCCAUCAAGUAAUGAAUUUGGUUCAUUUUACAACAACCGUCGACAUACACACGCAUUUCAUCGAACAUCUUCACCUCUACCAUCAUCAUCGUCGACCUUUCAUAAUAAUAAUAAUAAUAAUAGUAAUAAUGAUAAUGAAGACACAUACCGUAGUGUACAGCAUGUUCAAUUAAAACGAGAACAAGAUGGUUCACUCGAAGGUAUAGCUAUUCAAAUCGAACAAAGUUAUAACACAGAUGGAAAGAUAGAUAGACGUCGAACUUCUAUGCAAGCAUGUGGAGUACGACGACGAACUAAUAUUUUAUCCUCCAGAUCUCCAUCCUCAUCAACAUCAGCAUCCAAUACAGGCCGGUUUUCUUAUGAUCAACCUUGGCUUUAUUGUCGGACUAAUUCAACUCCUUCGUUUACUCAAUAG